AUGAUACCAUACUAUAUACUCAGCUUUCCAGUUAAUGAAAUCUAUGUUAACCUUGUUUUGCAGAGGCUUUUCAAGCGUCAUGUUUCUGAAGACAUUGGAGCGGAUUUAAAUCAAGGCUAUGAUACUUUUGUUGAGAAAAUAGAUCUAGGCUCUGAGGGCUUCGGUGACCUUCUUGGAUGUGUUAGAGCAAAAAACAUUUCGUUGGAUAACAUUCAUUUUGUGACAUUCCGUAAUAAUCUAAACAAGAUACUUGGUGCUGCUUACAACCGGCAUGAACCGUGGGAAAUGGGUGUGCAUAAGAGGAAUGGAACCAUAUAUCUGGAUGUGCAUAAACUGCCUGAAAGGCCGCAGAAUGACUUAGAUCGCCGCAGAUGUUACUGGGGUUAUUGUUUCGAAAGCCUUGCAACCGAAGAUCCAGGAAGAGCUUAUGGUGAAGAAAUACAUCAUGUGGAUUCCAAUGUCGAGUUUUGUUCAGUUGUCAAGACUAAACUCGGAGCUCACCGUGUUCUGAUGGGUGCUGAAAUGGAUUGCUGCGACGAAACUGAAGAAGGAAGGAGGUUUUAUAUAGAGUUGAAAACUUCUCGCGAGCUGGAUGAUCGUACCGUAGAGAGAUUUGAGAGAGAGAAACUGCUUAAAUUCUGGAUACAAUCAUUCUUAGCAGGAGUCCCCUAUAUUCUCGUCGGAUAUAGAGAUGAUGGAGGGAGAUUAGUACGAACAGAGAGACUAAGAACGAAAGAUAUCGCGCACAGAGCUAGAUUGAAAAACUAUUGGCAGGGAAAUGUGUGCUUGGCAUUUGCUGAUGAGGUUCUUUGCUGGCUAUAUGGCACUGUUAAAGACAAUGAAGAUUACACGCUUCAGUUUGUGCACCCUUUCAUGAGGCUAGAGCUUCUUCAAGCUCAGUCUUGUCCUGACGCCAUCACUAAUCAUGUUCACCUUCUUCAACAUCCUUCAUCACCACCACCACCUCUGUAA